GAGGCGUGUAUGUGUGAGAGAGGCGUGUGCGUGUGUGUGUGUGUGUGUGUUUAUGUGUGUAUGUGUGUGAGAGGGAGAGAGAGUUGGCUGCCGUUGUUUUCUCUCCUGAAGUUGGGGAUCUCCUCGGACCUCCAGCUGGUUACCGGAGUGUCGGCUGUUAUUCUGGUUUUCUGAUUGGAGCUCCUUAGUGUUCCUUCCUGCUCCUGAUCCCCCCUGAAGACCCCCGUGCGAACCAGGACACCGUGUCCAGGUCUCCUGCUGUGUGAGCGUCCGAUGAGAUAAUGGAGGUGGAGGCCGAUCUCCAUGGCAGCCAGCCGAUGGAGUCGUCUGUGGGGGUGCUGUCGGUGGUGGCGUCGUGUGUGAUGGUGUUCGGGGGGGCCCUGCCCUACCUGCCCCAGUACCAGGAGAUCCUGAGGAGCAACGACACCACCGGCUUCUCCACCCGCGUCUGCCUGGUGCUGCUGCUCGCCAACAUCCUGCGCAUCUUCUUCUGGGUGGGGAAGCAGUUCGAGCUGCCCCUGCUCCUCCAGAGUGUGGUCAUGAUCUCCACCAUGUUCUGCAUGUUGCGUCUCUGCUGCCACGUCCACAACUCCAACCGCGUCAGCACCAAGCAGCACCGCCUCUCAGGUACAGCACGGGCUCACCUCCAUCACCUCCACUACACCUCCAUCACCUCCACUACACCUCCCUCACCUCCAUCACCUCCGUCGACUCCACUACACCUCCAUCACCUCCACUACACCUCCAUCACCUCCACUACAACUCCCUCACCUCCAUCACCUCCAUCACCUCCACUACACCUCCCUCACCUCCAUCACCUCCAUCGACUCCACUACACCUCCAUUACCUCCAUCACCUAAAGAACCUCCCUUACACCUCCAUCACCUCCACUACAUCUCCAUCACCUCCAUCACCUCCUCUACCUUCUCUACACCUCCAUCACCUCCCCUAAACCUCCAUCACCUCCACUCCACCUCCGUCACCACCACUACACCUCCUUCACCUCCACUACACCUCCCUCACCUCCAUCACCUCCAUCGACUCCACUACACCUCCAUCACCUAAAGAACCUCCCUUACACCUCCAUCACCUCCACUACACCUCCAUCACCUCCAUCACCUCCUCUACCUUCUCUACACCUCCAUCACCUCCCCUAAACCUCCAUCACCUCCAUCA